AUGUUGUUGUUAUUUUUUUGGACAUUGGCAACCCACGAAAUAACUGCUCAGAGUGAGAUUCCGGCAAAAACUAUCACUCUGCUCAGCAACGCAUCAUUUAUUGAGCAUGCGCCAGUUACUUGGGAUUACGAAGGUGAUGGUUCACAAAUAAUACUGCCGAUCCGGAUACGUACACGAUCAGUUAGUGGUCGUUUAAUAACACUAAUAGCUCAAAUAGCUCAAGAAACCGUAUUUUCCCUUUCCGCCUACAUCGACAAUGCAGCUGUGGUGAUAGAACUGGCUGACGGCAGUGGAAAACUUCUCAAAAAGACACAAAGACAACUGCCUGGUGUCAAUAAUGGCAUGGAGCAUUCAAUGUCAAUACAUGUAAAUCCACAAACAAAGAUCCUGAAGGUGGUUUAUGGGCAGGGAACUGUAGAUUCAUACGAUUUUACUGACGAAAUUAAAGUCCACAAAUUAAUGAACCUGACGAUCAUCACUGGCAAGCACGGUAUAUUUGCAUGA